AUGAACGGCUACGACUCAGCCGGCGCCAAACGCAAGCGCUCGCGCUCUCCAUCUCGCUUCCAGGAUCGCCCAUACCGCAGCCGCGAUGGGACCCCGCGCCGGGACGAACAAAGUCGCCAGCCAUGGUCGCACAAAGACCAGAUGCGCAUCAAUCAGAUACAAGAAGAUGUGCGCAUGCGUGAGUGGGUCGCUGGCGAGGAUGACUUCGUGUUGAAGCAGGCAAAGAAAAAGGCAGAGAUCCGCGUCAAAGAAGGCCGAGCGAAGCCCAUUGACUGGCUGGCAGUUACUCUACGAAUCAUCGACGAGACUCGAAAUCCACUCGACGACGAAAUCAGCGAUGAGGAUCUAGACUUCGUCGAUCCAGACACUGUCUUCGACGAUCUCUCCGAAUCUCAGAUGUCCGAGUUACGAAAAGAUAUUGAUACCUACGAGAAGCUGGAGUCGAAUAAGAAGAACAGAGACUAUUGGCGAACGAUGCAGAUCAUAUGCAAGCACAGACAGAAGAAGUUACGCGCCUCUGGGCCAGAAGGGAGAGCAGUCAGCGCGGUUGCCUCGGAUAUCGACAAGUUGCUGGCGCCCAAAACAUAUGAACAGUUGGAGGCGCUCGAGAAGCAGAUCCGCGCAAAGCUAGACUCGAACGAGCCCAUCGAUACUGACUACUGGCAACAAUUACUUGACAGCUUAUUGCUUUGGAAGGCGAAGGCAAAGCUGAAGAAAGUCUACCAGGAUGUCCUCGUAUCGCGAACGAAGACGCUCCGGACCGAAAGCAAGCUGGAAGCUAUGCGAGCGCAACAGGAUCUUGCAAACGCAUUAGGGACGGCGCCAGCCGAUUCGUUGACAUACAACAAAUCGCUCGACCCGGAACCAGCUCUCCAGAUCGCCGCCAAGGACAAGCAGCUGGAGGUUCAGAGCGAGUCUGCCUUCCUCUCACAAAUUAGCGCCGAACGUGCGAAAAUCCGACGCAUGGGCUAUGUGCCUCUCCCAAAAGGGACUUCGAAUACGAGCAAGCCCACCACCACCGCGAAUACUUCGGGACCGGCUCCGUCCACCACACAAUACGACCGCGAUGUCGCCCGGGGAGUUGAUGAGGACGAAGAAGUUUUCGCUUCGGAAGAACCGACUUCCAUGGCUUCUACACAGCCUCUACCGUCAUGGGCUGCGCAAUAUCGCCCGCGCAAACCACGAUACUUCAAUCGCGUCCAACUGGGCUACGACUGGAACAAGUACAACCAAACCCACUACUCUCACGACGCUCCACCGCCGAAAGUGGUACAAGGCUACAAGUUCCACAUCUUCUACCCGGACCUUAUCGAUUCAUACAAAGCGCCCACAUACAAGAUUAUUCGAGAAGAUGGCAGGAAAAAAGGCCAGACUCUAGCUCCGGCGGGAGAGGAAGACACGUGCAUCAUUAGGUUCGUAAGCCCGGGUCCGCCCUAUGAGGAUGUGGCUUUCAGGAUCGUCGACAGGGACUGGGAUUAUAGCGGCAAAGAGGGGCGUGGUUUCAAGAGCACGUUUGAGGGAGGCGUGCUCUCGCUACACUUUAGCUUCAAGAAGGUGUAUUACAGGAAGUAG